AUGUCGGCAGAUCCAACUACAUUUCCCCGUUCUUCCACAGCACCGUCCAGUGAUAAUGACAACGUUGAUGCAAGUCCGGGGAGUAAUAAGAGCAACGGCUCCAACUCCCCCGUGCUGAAUAGAGUGAAAUGGAAAAAAAUAUUACGAAUGCAGAGCAGUGAUGAGGAUAGGUCGGAUGGAUCAAAUGACUAUCAACCAGAGCGGGAGAAGUGGUCUUUCGGUGUUUUAAAUGAUAAGGAGACUGAUGAAGUGCCUGGAACUGUCAUUCUCCUCUCCUCCAACCGAAAUGAGCCGCUUGGACUUCGACAACAACCUGCAAGAACAUCAGCAUCGUCUUUUCCGUCUCCCUACCCGCCGUCUCGGGCAUCCUCGCGUUCACAUGUUCCCCAAAUGAAACGGACGGCUGACGGCUCCAUCGUCUUGGAUCCUCAGCCAGAUGAUUCGCUGAACGAUCCACUUAAUUGGCCUUCUUGGCGUCGGGAUCUUUCCCUUCUAUCCUUGGGCUUUUACUCCAUGCUUGGAGGAGGAAUGACGCCCAUUCUAGCAGCUGCAUACAACGAUGUUUCGGAAACUUUUGGUAUCACAUCACACCAGGUUGCUCUGACCACUGGCCUAUACAUGUUGGGACUUGGCCUUGGCUCAGUGGUGAUGUCUCCCACAGCAAUUCUUUAUGGAAAACGCCCAAUUUAUCUUCUGGGCUCUGCUCUGUUCAUUGUUUCAGCUGUUUGGUGCGCUGUUUCUCCCAAUUUUGUGAGCUUGCUUCUCGCUCGAAUCUUCCAGGGCGUUGCGGUCAGUCCUGUUGAAUGCCUUCCCUCUGCUACUAUCGCAGAAAUUUUCUUUUUGCAUGAGCGCGCGUAUCGAGUCGGAAUUUACACUCUCCUCUUAUUGGGCGGCAAAAACUUGGUCCCGUUGGUUAGUGCGGCGAUCACACAGAGUUUAGGCUGGCGUUGGGUAUUCUGGAUUGUGGCCAUUACGACUGGAUUUGGGCUUAUUUUGGUGUUUUUAUUUGUCCCGGAGAGCUUCUGGGACCGGACCCCGCAUCGUCGUCAAAAACGCCCUGUCGCUCGCCGGAGCCUUUCUGAUCUCCUUACGUCGGGACGUCGAGGUUUAGCCACUAACACUGUCACUCCUGCUGUAGAAAAGGACCAAAAUGCAAUGCUCUCUCCGGAAGCAUUGUCAAAGCGCAAAGAUGCUCAUGUCGGCUUUGCGGAAGUUCCCCUUGGCGAUAAAGGGGAAGAUGAGCUUAACGAGAAAUCUAGUCGCAAUUCCUGCGAGCAAACAUCAAAAGAAAGUGGAAACAGAAGAGAGGGUUCUUAUUCGCAACUUACCGUGCCGGCUGCUCCUGAUGACCAAACUAGUGCGCAGAAUGAACCAAAACCACAGGAGAAAACCUCUGAUAUUGAAGCCGCUCGUCCUACCGCUCGUCCUAUACCUCGUCGGGAUACCUCAACCACCUCAGCCGCAUCAUAUGCUUCGUCCCUUCCUCCAAUCCAUCCUUACACUAGAAAUCUCCAGACCAGUCCUCCUCUGGGAUUUUCCCACUCUCUUCAACUGUUCCACGGCCGGCUUUCACAAGAUAAGUGGCUGCGUGUCUUGGUCCGUCCAUUUAUCCUUUUCGCCUACCCUGCCGUCUUGUGGUCGGCCAUGGUCUACGCCCUAUCCGUUGGGUGGUUGAUCGUCCUAUCGGAAGCCGUGGCAGAAAUCUUUCGGGAUAGGGAAACUUAUAAUUUUUCCGCUCUGGGCACUGGUCUCAUAUAUAUAUCGCCCUUCGUCGGCGGUAUCGUUGGCACGGUGGUGGCAGGCAAAUUUUCUGACGUAGUGGUGCGGUUCAUGACACGUCGAAAUGGCGGCAUUUAUGAACCUGAAUUUCGGCUUGUUAUGGCAGUGCCAAUUACAUUGACCACCGCCAUGGGCCUGAUGGGAUUUGGGUGGAGCGCUCAGGAAAGGGAUCGGUGGAUCGUACCAACUGUCUUCUUUGGCAUUCUCUCCUUUGGAUGCUCUGUGGGAAGCACGACAGCCAUUACCUUUUGCGUCGAUAGCUACCGUCAGUAUGCAGGCGAGGCUCUGGUUACACUGAAUUUCAGCAAAAAUGUAUUGCAUGGUUUCGUAUUUUCAUUGUUCUUUGUUCAAUGGCUCAAAUCAGAUGGGGCACGGGAUGUCUUCGUCUGUUUGGGUGGGAUUCAUAUUGCUUGCAUGCUCUCCUCUAUUCCGUUGUAUAUUUACGGGAAAAGGGCUCGUAUGUGGACUGUCCGCAGGCGGUUGAUGGAGAAAUUUUAAACAGGUGUUUUUUGGAGGUUACCAUACACCUACCCGCAUACUGUGUAGGUCAGGAUUAAAUCCUGACCUUUUUCUUUUCGGAACAUUGUGAGAAAGUGGGUGAUACAAUUAAUGUCUCAGCCUACAUUCCACAAAAUUUCUCUUUUUUUAUGAUCAAGACAUGAUGUUCAACAUGUUUUCAAGUUCCUAUCUACAUUGCAGAUAGGUAUAUGCGCUAUGUUUAUUUAUUUUAUUU